GAGCCCCACUAGGCUCAGUGAUUCUGGCCUGCAGUCAGCCGCUGCUACGCCUUGGCUUCAGCCUGAGGGGUCCCAGCCAGGCCUACCCCACUGUGGGAUGAGAGAGGGGGAAACCUUUAACAUCUCCAUCUCCACAGAAGUUUCAGCUGUAAGGAGCAUCCUCCUCUCUCAGGAUGACUUCAGCCUCCAGCCCCCCAGCUUUUAGGCUAGAGACAUCUGAUGGAGAUGAAGAAGGUGGUACUGAGGUGAACAAAGGAAAGCAUGAGCCACCCCCCAUGGAGUCACCUUUCCAGGGCGAGGACCAGAAGGGACUGGGUCCCAGCCAGCAGGACCCAGAUCGCUUUGACCGUGACCGACUCUUCAAUGUGGUCUCCCGGGGUGUCCCUGAGGAGCUGGCUGGACUGCUAGAAUACCUGCGCCGGACCAGCAAGUACCUCACUGACUCGUCAUACACAGAAGGCUCCACUGGAAAGACGUGCCUAAUGAAGGCUGUGCUGAACCUUAAGGAAGGGGUCAAUGCCUGCAUCCUGCCGCUGCUGCAGAUUGACAGGGAUUCCGGCAAUCCACAGCCCCUUGUCAAUGCCCAGUGCACGGAUGACUUCUACCGAGGCCACAGUGCACUGCAUAUCGCCAUAGAGAAGAGGAACCUGCAGUGCGUGAAAUUGCUGGUAGAGAAUGGAGCCAAUGUUCACGUCCGAGCCUGUGGCCGCUUCUUCCGAAAGCACCAAGGAACUUGUUUCUAUUUUGGAGAGCUACCUCUUUCUCUGGCUGCAUGCACCAAGCAGUGGGAUGUGGUGAAAUACCUUCUGGAGAACCCACACCAGCCUGCCAGCCUGGAGGCCACUGACUCCCUGGGCAACACAGUCCUGCAUGCUCUGGUAAUGAUUGCAGACAACUCGCCUGAGAACAGUGCACUGGUGAUCCACAUGUACGACGAGAUUCUCCAAAUGGGGGCCCGUCUCUGCCCCACCGUGCAGCUUGAGGACAUCUGCAACCAUCAAGGCCUCACACCCCUGAAGCUGGCUGCCAAGGAAGGCAAAAUUGAGAUUUUCAGGCACAUCCUGCAGCGGGAAUUCUCAGGAGAGUACCAGCCCCUUUCCCGAAAGUUCACCGAGUGGUGCUAUGGUCCUGUCCGUGUAUCACUGUAUGACCUGUCCUCUGUGGACAGCUGGGAAAAGAACUCGGUGCUGGAAAUCAUCGCUUUUCAUUGCAAGAGUCCGCAUCGGCACCGCAUGGUGGUGUUAGAGCCACUGAACAAGCUUCUGCAGGAGAAAUGGGAUCGGCUCAUCCCAAGAUUCUUCUUCAACUUCGCCUGUUACUUGGUCUACAUGCUCAUCUUCACCAUAGUUGCCUACCACCAGCCUUCCCUGGACCAGCCAGCCAUUCCCUCAUCAAAAGCGACUUUUGGGGAACCCAUGCUGCUUCUGGGCCACAUUCUCAUCCUGCUUGGGGGUAUUUACCUCUUACUGGGCCAGCUGUGGUACUUUUGGCAGAGGCGCCUGUUCAUCUGGAUCUCAUCCAUGGACAGCUACUUUGAAUUCCUCUUCCUUGCCCAGGCUCUGUUCACAGUGCUGUCUCAGGUGCUGUACUUCACGGCGACUGAAUGGCACGUCCCCCUGCUAGUGUUAUCCCUAGUGCUGGGCUGGCUGAACCUGCUUUACUAUACACGUGGCUUUCAACACACGGGCAUCUACUGUGUCAUGAUCCAGAAGGUCAUCCUGCGAGACCUGCUGCGCUUCCUGCUGGUCUACCUAGUCUUCCUUUUCGGCUUUGCUGUAGCCCUAGUAAGGUUGAGCCGGGAUGUCCGAAGUUCCAAACGCCCUGAAGAUACUACCACAGUGAUGCUGGGCCAGGAGAAGGAGCCAGUCCCAUUUCGGGACAUUCUGGAUGCCUCCCUAGAGCUGUUCAAGUUAACCAUUGGGAUCGGGGAGCUGGCGUUCCAAGAACAGCUGCGCUUUCGUGGGGUGCUGCUGCUGUUUCUGUUGGCCUAUGUCCUUCUCACCUACGUCCUGCUGCUCAACAUGCUCAUUGCCCUCAUGAGUGAGACUGUCAACAGUGUUGCCACUGACAGCUGGAGCAUCUGGAAGUUGCAGAAAGCCAUCUCUGUCUUGGAGAUGGAGAAUGGUUACUGGUGGUACAGGAGGAAGAGGCAUCGGGCAGGGAGGCUGCUGAAAGUUGGCACCAGGGGGGAUGGUAUCCCUGAUGAGCGCUGGUGCUUCAGGGUGGAGGAAGUAAAUUGGGCGGCAUGGGAGAAAACGCUUCCCACCUUAUCUGAGGAUCCGACAGGGGCAGGCAUCACUGGUGAGUGGCCUUGGGGCUGGAGCCCUUGCCCUGUUUCUUGUGAGCAUGUGCUGUGGGUUUGAUGGCAAAUCAGCCUUUGAAAGUCCUGCUGGGACUCAGAGCCAGGUGGUGUGAUUGCUUUGCAGCUGCGCCCACACCUGCUCCUCCUGCUGGGAUUGGUGCCUUGGUCCCUCUAUCCCAAGCCUGCCCUGCUGGCCUGUCUGGAGAAAGAUCCUUAGCUCUCAGUACUCUGCAAGGCAGUGCCUCUGGCCUCUUCUCUGCUGCCCUAGUUAUCAGUGGCAUCCUUUGUACUGGCCAGGGCUGGAUUUGGGUUCCCAGGAAGGGAGCAAGUUAGGGAGUAUGUGUCUGAACUCCCCCAUCCUGUCCUGGUCUACAGCACUGCUGGCAUCUCCCUGGACCACCUUUGACAGGCCAGCCUAUCUGACCUAAGGCCCACCUCCUUAAGCCCCAGAAGAAGUCACUUCCUGUACAUCUCUGUGGCUUUUGGCCUUCUGUUCUAGCCCUGUAACAGCCUUCCUGUCUCUACCUUGCU